UGGCGACAGAGUGAAGGAGACCACAGGAAUAUGACUAGCCCUCUACCGACAAACACAGCUCUUCACCCCGCCGCCUCAGAGAUGUCCAUGAAUGAGUAAGAUUCGGUUGCGUACGAUGUGUUGUCAAUGCGAUGCGGGGUAGGUGAUGGGGAGUCGAGUCUCGCGGCAUGUGCCUUAUCAUGCACUGCCUCUGUAAUCGCAGGUGUUUUCAGUGCAGAUUCAUUUUGAGCACGGGUGAAAGAGAUUUUUCGAGCCAUCAUGUAACCGCCGCGGUGGGUAACGUCACGGGGAAAAUAUUGACGAGGAGACCAGCCCGUGUGAGCUUGCGCUUUUGUCUCUACCUCUAAAAUAUGAUCACGGGCGGCUGGCGGUGUGGAAGGAAAAUAAACGCCCAGUUAGAAAUCUGCUGCGUGACCGAACCGAUCGACAAACCGUGCGCGGAGCCGGAGAAGGCGCAGAGAUGGCGCGUGAGCCUCGCAUCCCUGCUCUUUUUCACGGCGCUACUAUUCGAUCACCUCUGGCUCUGUGCGGGAGGCAAGCUCCGCUCCAGAGACCGGACUCACCGGAGGACGUGGAACAACGCGAGUCAUUACGCCCAAGAGGGCCUACGCGAUGAGGAAUGUGGGGUUCUUUUAAACAAUCUGACAGAAAACGGGCCGGAGUGCGUACAGGCUGACGCACCGCGCCGCGCGCCGCUGGAGUCCGCGUGCUCUACGCUUUACCGGCAGAAGAGCGGUUCGAUGGGCUCCUCCUAUUCUGUGCUGAUGCCUACAAUGUCGCCACAUGCGUUUUUAGAGUACUUCCGGAAUUUUAGCUUGCCAUUUUGUGACGCGUUGACAAUAGCGGACCUGCUGGAGAGCAUGACCAGUCCGGACGGGAUGAACUGCAACCUGGCCCGUGUCGUUCGUGACCUGUUCAGCGGCGGACCGGAGGACGGGGAUGUGUGCAGCGCUUGUGUUCACGCUUACAUUCGGCUCGACCAACACGCUCAGGAAAAAUAUGAGGAGUUUAACAUCCUUACGCGCAAAUAUAUGGCGGAUGACUACUCCGUGCGAGCGCACACUCGCCUGUGUCAGGCAGUGUAUAAAGCCUGGCUUUGUGCUGAAUAUUUUCCGGUUCCCCAGCGGCAAUGUGUAAGGUGGCUCCCGUGCAAGCACUACUGUGGUGAGGUCACAGCCAACUGCCCAUACAUCCUUCCUGACAACGACCGCCUGCUGUAUGCCGGCCUGCCCAGCUUUCUCUGUGCAGGGUUGGAAGAAGAGUAUUUUUCCAGUCAGGGUCCAGAUUGCUGUGAUGUCAGAUGGAGUGGGUGUGACUCGGUCGUAGGGGCUGCAUGUGCUUUGACACACCUCCCGGGCUCAUUUUCUUUGCAUAGGAGGUUAUCAUCAGGAGCGGUGUCAUGUACAAGUCGUCUCCAUGGCAGUAAAUUAAAACUGUGUGUGCUUGUUCUCUUCUUAAUACAAACUGUCAUCUCUAUAACAACUUUGCAGCAUUGCAGCACUGGCUCCUUGGAGACCAUAGUACCUCAUGAAGACGUUCCUAUGAGGGAGGAGUAAGGAACUGUAACAGUGUUUUUGUCUGCUGUUCAUGAGAUGAUCAUUUGCAAAAUGCCUGGGGAAACACAGGAAGACUCACCAAUGCUGUAGUGUGUCGGUGCUUGUCUUUUUUGAGGGUUAGAAUAUCUGGCCUGAUCUGAGCCUGUGUGUGUUUAUUUGAGUGUGUUUUUAUCUGUUUUUCAGUGUUUGGUUGUUUUGUCAGGCCUAAUCCCCACAUGUUAAAACACAGUUCAUUAAUGACAAUCUUGUUUUACUUUAGACAACAUUCAUGGAAACAAAAAUGAAUGUAUAAAGAAUGUGUGGACAAUUCUCUAAUAAAACCAACACUCUUU